UUAUGUGUAAGAAGAUCGCGGAAAAACAGCAUGAAGGGGAACAUGUAUGCUAUAAAUGAGGAGGGCAGAAAAGAGUCGCUACUCUGGAUGCAUAAGAAGGACGCCAACGGUUUUCAUGGCUCCCUUGUGAGCGACGGGAGGCAUGAUGGGAAGACCACUGCUCAAGAGAUGAGGGAGAUGAGAAGUCACCCGUCUGAGCUGCCAUUGAAUGGUAGUGCUCCUAUCAACGGUUAUGGCGAGCUCAAUUACGGCUACGUUUUGAAUGCAGAGGACAACGACACAUAUCUCUGAGACAGCUGCGGUUGUUGAGAUUCUAAACAAAAGUCUAAACACUUGUAGGUUGGAAUCCAUCCAAUUCCAGCUCCUCUGAUCGCUUCCCUGUUGGAUGGUCUGGCACACAUUCAGUGCGCCGGACGUUAAGUAUUUGGGACCGCAUUUGUAACAGUGCAGCAGCGACACCUAGCUGUAGUGCAAAGCAGAAACAGUCAGCACGGAGGACAGUCGUCACAGGUUGUAUGACUAUUUGGUUGUGAAUAAAUAACUUUGAGAACUAUUCAGAUGAGUGACGGACUGUUCGACAUUGAAACAAAGAGAGGAGUGUGCUAUUGCUAGAAUGAUAUGGUUUCCAGGCUAAAAUAUAAAGUGUACUACUGUAACAGUACACGAUGCUGCUGAAACAGAUUGGACACCCCCAACUGAGAUUGUUUUUUACCUAUUCUUUCAGUAUUAGCAUUGGUUCCGAAGAUUCCAUUUUGAGUUUUAUUGGGGUGCUUUUGUCACAAUGUGAUCUAUAGUUACCUUCAAAUGUACAGUGUAUUACAUGUCAUAUUCAGGUUAUAUUGUGGUUUUAAGUAUGGUAAAACAAUAACCAGGAAACAGUUCAAACUUAAAAAAAAGUAUAUUUUGAUAGAAAAUAUUGCAAAAAUUGAGCACAUACUAAUCAAGCUGAUCGAUACUAAUCAGAAAUCAUGUUAGUUAGAUAUUGCCAUUGAAAAGAAUAAAGAUCAUCAUUAUUAACCUUUUGAAUUGAGAUUACUUCAUAAAAACAUUUUGAGCUGGACUCAUGUCAACAGAGUAAUUUUAGCAUUCUAUUUCAUGUUUCGACAUGCAUUUUGUGAAUUUAAAGUUUGUUAGCCAUCCUACUCUAGCUCCAAUCUCCUCUUUUAAAUACUUCCCCUAGGCCUUCAUAUCAGUGGCCUUGUGCAUAUUUUACUGAAAUAUCUCGUAAACAUUAAUUAGUUGUUGCUCUGCUCAUGGGUGCCAAACUAUUUGGUAGAGUAGGACAUAAGAGCUGGAGUGGAUUAUAGACUACUUUUUGUUUAUUCCAAAACAUCUUUAUUAUAUUAGACGAGUUAAUGUUCAUCCAUAUAUCAUCUACAAGUGUCUUGAUAAAAGUAACAGAAAUGUACGUAUGUACAGUUUCGUACCUACCAAAAGUAACAUAUCUCUCAAGAAAUUGUAUGAGAAAAAGGCAACAAUUGUGCCAUAGUGUUCUUUUGUUGCAAUGUCAGCACUAAGUUAACCCCAGUCCUGCUUGGAAACCAGUGUGUACUGUAAGCCACAAGGCUUCUUAGCUGUAUGAGUGUUAAAGAGUGUUGAACAACUUGAACCUCAAUUAUAAUAAUUAUAUUGGUAGCUUACAUUUAUUCAUAUCGAAACAAAUACUACUGAUAUUCUAUUAGCACUACAAUAAUAUAUAACAUUUAGUAUCCAAACUGCUACCAAGUUUUGAAAGGCAACAAACCAUAUUUCAAGACUUUAAUAUACAUGCUCUAAGAACCCAGUUCUAAGAUUGUUAUAUGUAUCAUGUUUAUUUUUGUCUUUAUUCUAUGAUGUAUAGUCUAUUUUGUACAAUUAUGUAUUAAACAGAAUACGAAAUACAAUGUUGUGUGUGUUUGUAUUACAUGGACAAGAUAUGGAUAUAAGCUAGACCAAAUGAAUGAGAAAGAAACAUUUCAAAUACUUCAGUAAAACAAACACAGAAUACUGUGAGCUCUCUUCUUCUGUUAAAAGGACCAAAGCAAAAUACAUCUGAUUUUAAGAGAAAAAAUUGACUAUUUAUGCAUAUAAGAAAAUUCACAAAAAAAA